UGGUCUUAUUGGCUGUAACAAGGCCUCCUUUAUAGGUAGAGGAGGGGUUUGAGGCUGCCAAACAAAUACUUCCAAAGAAGUUUUGCAUUCCCUGUGUGUGUGUGUGUGCGUGUGCUAUUAUGGGUCUGGAACUACCGGAAUAUGGAACUGAUACUUACUAUCUAAAUGUUUUCAUUACUCUUAAACAGCGACGGAAUGGUAAAUUGAACAUCUCAGCAUAAUAACAUAGGCUCCAGAUCAGAGGGAAUUAAUGAUAAGAAGUUACGCUCCGUGUAAAGCUGUUGGGAAACAGAAUUUGGAUCAGGGGGCCGACACUAUGAGAGCGUUUGUCAUCAUUGAGAACGGAAAACAAUAAGGACAUUUGUAGAGGAUAGAUCUGUGUUUUUUCAGAGAAAGGGAUGAGAUCCGUGGAGAAUCCGUCACUGAAAGAGAACUCUGGCAAGGCAUUCCCCUGCUCCCCCAUGACCAGCCUCCCGAUGACCAGUAAGUGAUUGUGGAACCCAGUGGGGGUUGAGGAUUAAACGACAAUGAGGGACCGCUUGGAUGAAUUGCGGCAAAAGGCCCAGGAAGACCCAGACCCUGAGGCCGAGAUCAUCUCCGACCCCUUAUCUGGGGUCAACGAACCCGAUGACCCGACGGAGGUGGACUUCACCACGCCGCGGGCUGUGGUGUUUGAGGAGGAACCCGUCAUUGAGAACUUCCUGUGUGAGGCCCAGCGCAUUCGAGAUGAGAUUACAGAGUUGGAUGCAGAUGUGGUUAAAUUCAGUCAACAGCAAAAGACACUGGUGGCCACAAUGCGUCGAUUCAGUGUGAUGAAGAAGGAGAGCAGCAUCACCAGGGACAUCAAGCUGCAGGCUGAGGGGCUCCACAAACGAUUGAAUGCCCUUUCGAAAGAAGCCCAGAAGACAGAGGGUCAGCACGGUCCCACCGCUGCCGUGUCCCGGAUCCAACGAACGCAACAUGCAGCCCUUCUACGGCAGUUUCAAAAGGUUAUGUCCAACUACAAUACAGGGUUGUUGACCAAACAGGAGCGCUGUAGGCACUUUAUUAUCCGCCAGUUGGAGGUUUCGGGGCGGGAGGUGACAGAGGAGGAAGUGAACGACAUGGUGGCCACAGGAAAAUGGGAGGUCUUCAAUGAGAACAUGCUGAACGAUGCCAGGAUCACACGGUCACAGCUGUCUGAAAUUGAACAGCGGCACAAGGAGCUUCUAAACCUUGAGAACAACAUGGUGGAGCUGAGGGAUCUGUUCACUGACAUUUACUUGCUUGUUGAAGAGCAAGGGCCCCAGAUUGACCACAUCCAGACCAAUGUAGAGAGAACUGCAGACUAUGUGGCUGUUUCAAAUGAGAAGUUCAAGUUGGCUGCCAGGUACAAAAGGAAGAACCCCUUGAGACAGCUCUGCUGCUGCUGUUGCCCUCCCUGGAGAUGCUGCUUCUAAAACAGUUAUCCCUCGGCAGCAGAUAGACAGCCGGGUAUUGGUGAAUGUCAAAGGUAAUUGUAGCUUUGUCUCAUGUAAAUCUUUAUUUUCCAUUUAACGGUUAUGCUGCUUAUCCAUGGUACAGUAAAUGAAGUUCUCUUGAGCAACAAUGUUGGAUAUAUUUGUCAUAGUAGGUCCAUCAGACAGACAUAACCAACACGAAUAUGAUAGAGACUGAUGGCUAUCCGGACUGUAAAUAUAUGACUGAUUUGAUAUUUUGUGAGCAUAUAUUUCUUACUAUUUACCACUAUGCACAAAGUCAGCUUUCACAUGCGAUUGAGAUGCAAUUACCCAAUGCACUCCUGAAGUUCCAUUUAAUUGUCUAUAUAGCGCUUAUUUAUCACUUUAAAACCAACAUUUCAGGUCCCAUUGCAUAGUUAACUAAUGCACCAAAUGUAGGUAUUAUCUAUUGUCCUAUUUGUUUAUAUUUUGUCUAUUACUAUGUUCUAUGAUACCAUUGUAAAUGAUGAGUUAUCAAAUAUAGAUGAGGUAGCCAAUACAUGCACCAAUAAAAUGAAAAACAGAAACCA